AUGGAAGGGAAAACGGAGCUUCAGAGAAAUGCGUUCGUCACUGCUCGUCGUAAGGAAUUGGAGCUUUUCCAACGAGCCCUGGACAUCCAAUGGCUGAACAGCCGCAUGGAAAGUGGAAGAAUGGGCCGCUGCCUUGCCCUGAUUCAACAGGAGGCUCAGACAGAGAAGGAAUUUCAGGAGAGAACAGAUCAUGCAGCAAUAGUAAAUGCGAGAGCAGCAAAGGAAGCUGCCCUCGGUGUGGAGAUAGAAAAAGUCAGACAUGAAGAGAUAUGCAAUCUGGCUCGUAGACACUAUUUGCGGCAGAGAGACCCGAGCCUUAGAGUGCUUGAGAAGAAGUUGCAAGCUGGUUAUGUGUGCAGAGAUCUGCAGCAACAGAUUUUGCACAACCAGUAUAAAAAGCUACAGGAAAAGGCUGAAGCAAACCAAGCCAAUGAUUACCUCCUAAAAGCACUCUAUAAUGAUUUCGAAGCCAAAGAGAAAGAGGAUCGGGAAAAGAUGGAACAAACCACACAGUACUGCAAGGAGCUUCAGCAGCAGCUUGUUAACAGGCAGCUACAAAAGCAGUGCCAGUAUGAAGAGACGCUUAUUGAGAAGAAAAUGUUAGAGGAAGUUAUGCGGACAUUAGCAGAUGAGGAUCAAAGAGAACUAAAACAGAAGAAAGACUUAACGGAGAAGACGCGAAAGGAAAUGGUGACGUUCCAAAAGGCUCGGGAAGCCUGGAGAGAGAAGCAAAAGAAGAUGGUAAUUUUAGAAGAGAAGGAAAUUGAAGAACAAUUGAAAAUGCUUGGCGAUAGGAGUGUUGCUGUCAUAGCAGAGAGAGAACGCAAACAAAAGAUAAAAGAGGAGUUAAACGACAAAGUGGCGGCUAAAAUAAUGGCUGACGAAGCCGCUCGCUUAGAAAGAAUAAAUUUAAUCAAGCUACUUCAAGAACAAGAGCUGCUCGAGAAGAAUGUGCAGGACGACAUCUUGGCGAAGGAGAAGCAGGAGAGGGUCCGGAAGGACACCAUGGACGCUCUCACCGCACAGAUGGAGAACAAGAAGAAAGUUGCAGCAGAUAUGAAGGAGAAGGAAGUUAAGUUUAGAAAGGAGAACGAGGCAAAAAUGGCUGCCGACAUGGCUGAGGAGCGCGAGAAAGAACUCAAAAAGCGAGAGAAAGCGAAGCUGUACUCUCAGGAGCUGCUGAAACAGAUCGCCGCUAACAGAGUUAAGAAGGAAAAGGAGGAGAAGUUGGAGGCCCAGAGAGCAGAUUACGUGUGGGAGUGUGAUAGAAAGUGGCGCGCGGAGGUGUCGGGCGAGCGGCAGCGCAUGGUGGAGGAGCACGCGCCGGCGCUGCUGGGCUACCUGCAGGCGGGCGUGCUGCAGCGCGCCGACCUGCCCGCGCUCAGCGCCGGCGCCGCCACCCGCCCCGACCUGCGCCACCUCGACAUAGACGCGCUCGCGCACGCCCCCGAGCCCAAGCGCCGCCCCAAGUGCAACGCGCAGUGCAGGGUGCUCAGGGAAUACUGA